CUUGCAUGGAUUCAGUAGUAGUUAAUCUUGUCGGCACUUGUCACGAGAAACCCGGUCACAUCUCUGUAUACUAACUAAACUUGACGCAACCAUGCGUAAGUCGCCACAGACGACAGAUAUGCAUAAACUACAGAGUAAACCACAUGUACUUUACCCUCACACUCCACCCCGUACCUAUGUACGUACCUAUGCCCAUGUCCUGCCGCGAUGCCUCACUCAGUCGGGGUAAUAGUAGGGUAUGUUUCUCUAGGUGACGCGGAACGGACUUCCGCAGUCACCAUCCUCCAUUACUAACUCAUAUAGGCUACGAGGAGCGUAAAUCUUUCACAUCGACGCAAGGGGUAGCCUUAGAACUCACUCUGCCAGACGACCACUACUUGCCUAAUUGAGAACAUGUUAUCUCGGUAAGCGGGAGAAUGGAGAAUCUAGCUUAUUCCGCGACUGCCGCAGGCCAGUUUCUAUCCACUUUAAUUUGCCUUUCUGUUCUGGGACUUACUUCUGUGGCGAGUAUUAUGCACGGCGACGACGUACGUAUGCAAUGCAUUAUAGCGUACAUUAGCUGUUUCCAACCUGCUCCGUACCCUGGUACUUACGGAGUACAGUGGGGCUCGAAGGAAAGCGGAAAGGCAAAAAAAAAAGAGAGAGAGGAAAAAGAAAAUUAAUAAAAAGAAAAAAAAGGGAGGAAAG